GUCGAUUUCAGCCUGACAGUGGAUCAUGAUCUGUACCGAAUCCAUGACUGAGCCAACAAAUGUCCAGAGUUAGUUUCCAAAUGAUGUCCAGCGUUGGAGCUAUGGGAGUAGGAGAUCUGUGGGCCGACGGCGGUUGUCAGCAGAACUGUUCCAGACACGGAGCGUGCCAGCAAGGGCAAUGUGUCUGUCUGGUUCAGUACGCUGGCACGGGCUGUGAAGAGGUAAACCGGAAGUACUUCGUGGCGUUCGGCUCCAUCUUCACCAUCGUGUGCUGCGUGGUCACCAUCCAGCUGCUACUGUGUAUUGUGUCCGAGCAUCAGAGAGAGAGGAAGUCCUGGAGGAGUGCGUGUGGUAUCACGGUGCAGAAGCUGCUGUACCUGCUUAUAAUAUGUGCGUCCGCGCUCAGAGGGGCCUACUUUCUGGGUCGGUGGUGGAUGUCGGAGUACGUGGCCAACUGUCUGUGGUGCGGUUACUUCCCCUUCCUCAUCACUGGCUUUUCUCUCAUCAUCUGCUCCUGGGCCGAGGACGUGCACGUCAGCCGGCGAGAGACGCCACCGUUCCUCAGCAAGUCGGUUCUGGUGUUCGUCCUCUUCAACGUCGUGCUCUACCUGUUGUUGUGUGCCGUCCUUGUCCUCACCGAGAUCGUACCCAACGACGAGGUGAAGGACCUGGGUCUGAAGGCGUACAACGGCGCUGUUGCUGUCCUCUCCAUCAUCCUCGUCGUCAUCUUCCUCAUCUACGGCGUGGAGCUUUACUUCAAGGUACACGGGGCGUUCAAGGGGGACGGCGUGGAGGUGGACCCCCAUCAAGUGGCUAUGUCGAGACUCGGGCUCAUCUCCCAAGCCCUCCUGCAGUUCCUCAUGGGCAUCUUCCUCGUCACUGACGUCUUCACCGACCACUGGAAAAAUAUAAUGACGAUCCUGGAACUGAACUACUACGAGUUGGUGUUCCGGGUGGUGGAGUUCGGGGUGGUCAUCUGGUUCCCCUGCGUCCUGUGGAACUGUCGCAAGCCCGAGACACUGUGGGUGCUGAAUCCUCGCCGGAUACUAAGGACGCUGGACUUGCACUCUAACGUGGAUGAGAUCACGGGUCUGAACCGCGACCAGUACAACACGCCCAGCUACAGCACGUUCAAGAGGGAGGACUCGGUCGCCAGUUCUAUUGGUCAGUAUGAUUGCUGGAUCUGCUACGACCCCGGACGGACGGACGCUGGACCUCUCCUCCAACCAUGUGCUUGUAGCGGGGACGUCGCCACGGUACAUCACAACUGUCUACACAGAUGGCUGGUUGAGAAUUCUGAAUAUGGAGAAGUCCCCAGAUGCAAAGUCUGCAAUGUAAAGUACCGGUUGCAGCGCGUCAGCACGUGGGUGCCUCGUGGGAUGAGCUCCCGGCACCUCGCCAUCCUCAUCGUGUUGUUGGUGUCGAUGCUGGGGACCCCGGUGCUGUCGUACUUCAUCUGCAGUCUGGACACCUACCUCUACCUCAAGAUAUCCAUCACCGGCGGCACAGUCAUCUUUGAACUCUUUGGACUCAAGGUGCUGUCCGUGACACUAGCUGCCAUUGGCAACCGACUUCGAGUGGCUUCUAUGAAAAUAAUCGGGAAGGAACUGACAAAACCUGGUCCUAAAACUAAACAUAAAAUCCCAGAUGUGGGACAAAGGGAGGUAACUCGACCACACUCCGAGGCCAGCGGACAACUGACACCGCAGCUCCCGGUUGAAAUUCACGCAGAGGUUCACGCAUAAAACUGUUAGAAGUACUGAUGAACUGAGCAAGAUGUGCCUUUUGUAUUUCACUAACAUUUGUGCAAGACAUACUUUUUCUCUUUUAUAAUAAGAUAUAUUUCAUUAUUCAUUACCACUAAAGCUGGGUGUACUUUACGUCUUUCAUUACUACUUUUGCAAAAAAGCAAUUUUCAUUUUUCAUUACCGCCUCGACUUUGGGUACGUUUUAUCAUUCAUUACCUCCUUGGCAAAAUGUACUUUUCAUUAUUCAUUACCAUCUUGUCAAAAUUUACUUUUCAUUUUUCAUUACCACCGUGUCAAAAUGUACUUUUCAUUUUUCAUUACCACCUUGGCAAGAUGUACUUUUCAUUUUUCAUUACCACCUUGUCAAAAUGUACUUUUCAUUUUUCAUUACCACCGUGUCAAAAUGUACUUUUCAUUUUUCAUUACCACCGUGUCAAAAUGUACUUUUUAUCAUCCAUUACCACCGUGUCAAAAUGUACUUUUUAUCAUCCAUUACCACCUUUGCAAGAUUACUUUUUAUCAUCCAUUACCACCUUUGCAAGAUGUACUUUUUAUCAUCCAUGUACCACCAUUUUUGCAAGAUGUACUUUUUAUCAUCCAUUACCACCUUUGCAAGAUGUAC